AUGUCAAUGAACCGGCGCCGCGGAUUGCCGCAGCGAGCUUUUAUAUCGACUUUUACGAGCUGCGAAGGGGGCAGAACAGGUGAUAAGUCUUCGCAAAUAGCCAGUCGAAAAGGCCAAGGCAACACGGUCGUCAAAUGUUGGAUUUUCGAGCUUCUCGCCAUCGGAAUCCGUGCUCAAAACCAGAACAUCCACGGCGCCCCAACCCGGCUCCUCUCAAACCGCAGCCUCGUCAACGUGGGAGCACCUAUUGGACGUCCGGCCUGUAUCUUCGACCACAGCCGUGGAAUGCCUGCUUCUCAACCAAAGACCGGAUCCUUCUUUGAAGACACCGCGCUUGCGGAACGGAUGGGCGGGAACAGCACUGAGGAUGGCUCGAUAUGCUUAUCUGGUUUCUGGGAUGCCUCAGUUGUCCUCUCCCUGCAGGAACAGAAGAAGCAAAAAUUAAAGAAGUCUCACAGACGUCCGCUGCCUGGCAUUCUUCGACAAAUCAAGCCCACACUUGUCAACAUGCCAUCAGGAAACCCAGGAAGAAGAGACCGGCAUUCCGUCGCUUGGAAGAAACGCCCUAUGUACCUACUUGCCCAUUCCGUGACCAUACAACCGGAAUUUGCGUCCUCGUGUUGCAAAAUGGUUAAGCGCAAAUUUCAUGCCGAGCUCAUCAAGAUAUUAACCUUCACCAAAAUCGCGCACAAAGAUAUCCUUUGUACUCAGCUGCCAUUCAAGUCAUCUACAAAAUUCCUUGCCUACGAAUCAGUCCACAGAGCCCAUUAUCCUAUCCUGUUCAAACAGAACGGAGUCUUGAGUCUAAUCCAUCACCCAAAGAUUGCAACCCCAGCGUUUUCCUCCACUGCUGUCAAAAUAUCCACCUCUGAAAUCUGCAGCGGCCGUGUAGUCCAGCCUUGCAAUGCAGCUAACCAAGGUUAA